GGACGGACGCGGGCCGGGAGGAAGCGGAUCCCGCCGGUCCGCGGCACCGGGUGGGGCGGCCGUGCGGGCGCACGGGCUGCCCUGCCGAGGCACCAUGGCUUUCAGCAAGGGGUUCCGAGUGUAUCACAAGCUGGACCCGCCUCCCUUCAGCGUGAUGGUGGAGACCAGGAGCCGGGAGGAGUGCCUCAUGUUCGAGUCCGGAGCCGUGGCUGUCCUCUCCUCUGCAGAAAAGGACACAAUCAAGAACACGUACUCCAAAGUCAUGGAUGCAUACGGGCUCUUGGGCGUGCUAAGGUUAAACCUCGGGGACACGCUGCUGCACUACCUGGUGCUGGUGACGGGGUGCAUGUCCGUGGGCAAGAUCCAGGACUCGGAGGUGUUCCGGGUGACGUGCACCGAGUUCGUGUCGCUGCGCGCGGACCCCGCGGACGAGGACCGCGUCUCCGAGGUGCGCAAGGUGCUCAACUCGGGCAGCUUCUACUUCGCCUGGUCUGCCACGGGGGUCAGCCUGGACCUGAGCCUCAGCGCCCACCGCAGCAUGCAGGAGCACACCACUGACAACAGGUUCUUCUGGAACCAGUCCCUGCACUUGCACCUGAAGCACUACGGGGUGAGCUGUGACGAGUGGCUGCUGCGGCUCAUGUGUGGGGGCGUGGAGAUCAGGACCAUCUACGCCGCUCACAAGCAGGCCAAGGCCUGUCUCAUCUCCCGGCUGAGCUGCGAGCGGGCGGGCACCCGCUUCAACGUGCGCGGCACCAACGACGACGGGCACGUGGCCAACUUCGUGGAGACAGAGCAGGUGAUCUAUUUGGAUGAGUCUGUGUCGUCUUUCAUACAGAUUCGAGGAUCUGUUCCAUUAUUUUGGGAGCAGCCAGGACUGCAGGUGGGAUCCCACCGUGUCAGGAUGUCAAGGGGCUUUGAGGCGAAUGCACCAGCUUUUGACAGGCAUUUCCAAACACUUAAAAAUUUAUAUGGCAAGCAAAUUAUUGUAAAUUUACUGGGGGCAAAGGAAGGGGAGCACAUGCUCAGCAAAGCCUUCCAGAGCCAUUUGAAAGCAUCUGAACAUUCAGCUGAUAUCAAAAUGGUGAACUUUGACUAUCACCAGAUGGUUAAAGGUGGAAAGGCAGAGAAACUACACAGCGUGCUUAAACCUCAAGUCCAGAAAUUCUUGGAGUGUGGAUUUUUCUAUUUUGAUGGGAAGGAAGUGAAAAGGUCCCAGAGCGGCACCGUCAGGACCAACUGCCUGGACUGCCUGGACAGGACCAACAGCGUGCAGGCCUUCCUGGGCCUGGAGAUGCUAACCAAGCAGCUGGAGGUGCUGGGGCUGGCUGAGAAGCCUCAGUUAGUGACUCGCUUCCAGGAGGUUUUCCGAUCCAUGUGGUCUGUCAAUGGGGAUUCUGUCAGUAAGAUCUAUGCUGGAACUGGAGCCCUUGAAGGAAAAGCAAAGGCUGGGAAGCUGAAGGAUGGUGCUCGUUCUGUGACCAGAACGAUCCAAAAUAACUUUUUUGAUAGCUCCAAGCAGGAGGCCAUUGAUGUUUUGUUGUUGGGAAAUACCCUAAAUAGUGAUUUAGCAGAUAAAGCACGGGCUCUGUUAACCACCAGCAGUUUACGCGUUUCAGAGCAAUCAUUGCAAUCAGCAUCUGUGAAAGUGCUGAAGAGCAUGUGUGAGAACUUCUACAAGUAUGCCAAACCCAAGAAGAUCCGGGUGUGCGUGGGGACGUGGAACGUCAACGGGGGGAAGCAGUUCCGCAGCAUUGCCUUCAGAAAUCAAACCCUCACUGACUGGCUGCUGGAUGCGCCCAAGCUGGCUGGGAUCCAUGAAUUCCAAGAUCGCAAAAACAAACCUGUGGACAUAUUUGCCAUUGGAUUUGAAGAAAUGGUGGAGUUAAAUGCAGGAAACAUUGUGAAUGCCAGCACCACGAACCAGAAGCUCUGGGCUGCAGAGCUGCAGAAGACCAUCUCCAGGGAUUACAAGUACGUGCUGCUGGCCUCAGAGCAGCUGGUGGGCGUCUGCCUCUUCGUGUUCAUCAGGCCCCAGCACGCUCCCUUUAUCAGGGAUGUUGCUGUGGAUACUGUCAAGACUGGCAUGGGAGGAGCCACGGGGAACAAGGGGGCCGUGGCCAUUCGGAUGCUGUUCCACACCUCCAGCCUUUGCUUUGUGUGCAGUCACUUUGCUGCAGGCCAGUCCCAGGUCAAGGAGAGAAAUGAAGACUUUGUAGAGAUUUCUCGCAAGCUUGGCUUUCCAAUGGGAAGGAUGCUCUUCUCCCAUGACUACAUUUUUUGGUGUGGGGACUUCAAUUAUCGAAUAGAUCUGCCCAAUGAGGAGGUGAAGGAGCUGAUCCGACAGCAGAACUGGGAUCCCCUCAUAGCAGGAGACCAGCUCAUCAACCAGAAAAACUCUGGGCAGAUUUUCAGGGGGUUUCUGGAAGGGAAGAUCAAUUUUGCCCCCACGUACAAGUAUGACCUGUUCUCUGAUGACUACGACACGAGUGAGAAGUGCCGCACGCCGGCGUGGACGGACCGGAUCCUCUGGAGGAGGAGGAAGUGGCCCUUUGACCGAUCAGCUGAAGACCUGGAUCUCCUGAAUGCCAGUUUCCACAGUGACACUAAUGUCCCUUACACAUGGAACCCUGGCACUUUGCUGCACUACGGGAGAGCAGAGCUGAAAACAUCUGACCACAGGCCUGUGGUUGCACUGAUUGACAUUGACAUAUUUGAAAUUGAAGCAGAAGAGAGACAGAAAGUGUACAAGGAGGUGAUUGCAACGCAAGGUCCCCCUGAUGGCACUGUGAUGGUCUCCAUCAGAAGUUCUUCAGCUGAAGAAAACUAUUUUGAUGAUAACUUGAUCGAUGAUCUUCUUCAAAAAUUCGCAAGCUAUGGCGAAGUUAUACUUAUAAGGUUUGUGGAAGACAAGAUGUGGGUAACAUUUUUGGAAGGAAGCUCUGCUCUGAAUGUUAUGAAUUUGAAUGGUACUGAGCUACAAGGAAGGAUUAUAAAUAUCAACUUGAAAAAUCCAGAUUGGAUCAGAAGUUUGGAAGAUGAAAUGAAUCUAGAGAAGAUUAAUAUUGGGCUGCCUUCAUCCACAAGCUCCACUUUGCUUUGUGAAGAUGCUGAGGUUACUGCAGACUAUGACAUGGAAGGAGACGUCGAUGACUACAGCGCUGAAGUGGAAGAAAUCCUUCCCCAGCACCUGCAGCCGACAUCGAGCUCCGGGCUGGGCACGUCCCCGAGCUCCUCCCCGCGCUCCAGCCCCUGCCAGUCCCCGACGCUGCCCGAGGGCCCCGCGCUGCCGGCCAGGCCCAGCCGGGCCCCGGGGAAGGUUCCUGGGCCCCCUGUGUCCUCACAAGCUGAGUUGCAGGCUGGUGCCCAGCAGAAGGAGCCUCCUGCACAGAGCCUGGAGCCCAAGCGCCCUCCGCCCCCUCGGCCCGUGGCGCCUCCUGCCCGCCCGGCUCCGCCGCAGCGCCCGCCCCCGCCCUCAGGCGGUAGGAGUCCUGCACCUGCUAGAAAGGAAUUUGGAGGUCUUGGAGCUCCUCCCAGUCCUGGGGUAGCUAGGAGAGAAGUAGAAGCACAAAAAAGCCCUGGAACACAAAGAAAAGAUACCUUAGCUCGGACUCAGCCUCCACCCUCGGCGGGUGCAGCCAGACCGACUGUUCCUCCCCGAGCCGGAGUUAUCAGUGCCCCGCAAAGCCAUGUCCGUCCCUCAGGGGCACGAGCGGCGCCGGAGGCGCAGCCCAAGGCAGCGGAACCGCCACGGGGCGUGCCGCUGCUCCCGGAGCCGCUGAGGCCGCAGGCUGCGGGCCCUGCCCAGCCCAGCCCCGCGGUGCUGAGGCUGCAGGAGCCCCUGGUGCCCGUGGCGGCCCCGCAGAGCCUGGAGCCCCCGCAGCCGCCGCCGCGCAGCCGCUCCUCUCACAGUUUGCCUUCGGAGCCUGCUCCCUCCCAGCAACACCAGGAGCAACCGUCAGGGUAACAGCAGAAUCCCAACGGGACGCUCGGCACUAACCCUGAACCCCAGCUCAGCAGUGACCCUUUUGAAGACCUGUCAUUCCAGCUGCUCGUGUCCAAGA